AUGUCUACUAUCGUUUCUUCCCCAAGUCUGGCUAAUUUUAAAAAUAAAAAUGUUGAAAAUCACAAUAACCCCAAAAGAUCUCAACUUAAUCAAGAAUACAAUGCAUACAGAAAAAAGGCUGAAUUGAUUCGUUCAUUUGGUGAAAUUCCAAAAGAGUAUUCUCUUUCAAGUAAAGUAGGUGGAGGUGCAUAUGGUACUGUAGCUGAUGGCUAUUAUAUGGAAAAGUAUCCAGUUGCAAUUAAAAAAGUUGUUCCUUCUCAUCGAAUAAUGUUUGCAUUAAGAACUUUAAGAGAAAUAAAAUUUUUAAAACACUUUCACAAUCAUGAAAACAUUAUAUCUAUUCGAGAUGCCUUUAUUACUUCUCAGCAGAAAACUAAUAUCUUUAAGAUUUUUAUUGUUCAAGAAUUGAUGAAAACAGACUUGAAUAAAGUUAUUCGUUCUGAUAUUGUUUUAUCUCAAAAGCAUAUCAAAUAUCUAAUUUAUCAAAUAUUCAAGGCUCUUAAAGCCUUGCAUAGUGUUAAUGUUAUUCAUCGUGAUUUAAAACCAUCAAAUUUAUUGUUAAAUGAGGAUUGCACCUUAAAACUUUGCGAUUUUGGUCUUUCAAGAAUCGAUAAUUCAUCUACAAAUGAAUCAAACCAUACCAACAUGACUGAGUAUGUAGCAACAAGAUGGUAUAGAGCUCCAGAAAUUAUGUUAAGUCAUUCUGAAUAUUCAACUUCUUCUGACAUUUGGUCUGUUGGUUGCAUCUUAGCUGAAUUAGUUCUUCGCAAACCAUUUUUUCCUGGAUUAGAUUACAUCAAUCAAAUCAAGCUUAUUUUUGAGGUCAUUGGAACACCAACUGGCGAAGACCUUGAAGUUGUUCGAUCAAGAUCCGCAAGAAUGUAUAUCCAAUCAUUAGCAUAUUCCCCAAGAUUAAAAUUCAAAAAAAUAUUCUCGUCUCAUCUUGAUCCUGAUGCCAUCGAUUUAUUGGAAAGUAUGCUACAAUUUAAUCCCAAAAAGAGAAUCACUGCAGCUGAAGCUUUGAACCAUCCUUAUUUGGAUGAAUUUCAUAAUCCCGAAAGUGAACCAGAUGCUGAACCGAUACCAAAGGGUGAAUUUGAUUUUGAUGACUUUGGUAUGGGUAGAGAACUAACAAUGUACGAACUAGAAAAUUUGCUUUUGAAGGAAAUUCGCAAUUUUCCCAGUUGGAAAGAUUUUACAUUUAGUUAA